AAUGACAAAAGAGCAUUUCGGAGCUUUUCCGCAUUCUCUGAACUUCUUGACAGAUUCGACUGUCGAGUGCGAGAGUUCAAGAUGGCGGCCACAGGGUGCAAGUGAUCGACUUCUUUGAUUGGACAGCACGCUGCGUCACUCUUGCCGAAGCUCCGCCUCCACCUUCCUCUCAUCAUGUCCUCCACCUCCUCAUACUCCUCCUCGGGGGAAACCAGUCCCGAGGACGUGCCUCGAGGUGGGGGCACCAUCCGCGUUUACCUGCCCAACAAGCAGAGGACCGUGGUGAAUGUCCGGCGAGGGCAGACGGUGUACGAGAGCUUAGACAAAGCUCUGAAAGUCCGAGGCCUGAGCCAAGACUGCUGCGCCGUGUUUCGUCUUCUGGAAGGUCGCAAGAGGCUGACGGACUGGGACACAGACAUCACUCCUCUGGUAGGAGAGGAGCUUCUCGUGGAGGUUCUGGAUGACAUCCCCCUGACCAUGCACAACUUUGUACGGAAGACUUACUUCAAGCUGGCUUACUGCGACUUCUGCCACAAGUUCCUGUUCAACGGCUUCAGGUGUCAGACCUGCGGCUACAAAUUCCACCAGCACUGUAGCAGCAAGGUGCCCACGGUCUGCGUGGACAUGGACACCGUCAGCAAAAGGUGUGACCAAGGUCCCUGCGCCGACGAGUAUCCUCAGAUACUCUUGCCGGAAAAUUCCCCGCCCCAGAGUAACAUAGCCUUAACCGCCGAGCCUGCUGGGAUGGACCUUCUGUCCCCCACGUCAGCCUUCCGCUUCCCCAUGCCCAGUGGAGAUGGCCAGUCCCUACAAAGACAUCGCUCCACGUCCACGCCCAACGUCCAUAUGGUCAGCUCAGUGAGCCCGGCUGCGGUCAGCAUCAUAGAGGAAGCACUGAAAUUCCACAACACAAUAGGUCCCGAGCCGUCACCGAAGCCCUCCACCAGCCCACCCUCGUCUCUAGGAUCUCCAGGGAGAAGACCACCCAAGUCCCCCUCAGAACACAAAGAGAGAAAGUCCUCCUCAUCUGAUGACAAAAAGAAAGUACAUCGGGGGGGCUACAGGGACUCGAGCUACUACUGGGAGGUCCACUCCUGGGAAGUCACCGUCCAGAAGAGAAUAGGAGCUGGCUCCUUUGGAACUGUAUUUAAGGGCAAAUGGCAUGGAGAUGUAGCCAUAAAGAUCCUGAAAGUCACAGAGCCCACACCUGAACAGUUACAGGCCUUUAAAAACGAAAUGCAGGUCUUACGGAAAACUCGCCACGUCAACAUCCUGCUGUUCAUGGGCUACAUGACCAAGCCCAACUUUGCUAUCAUCACGCAGUGGUGUGAAGGCAGCAGCCUGUAUCGACACCUGCACGUCUCCGAAACCAAGUUUGAAACCAUGAGGCGCAUCGACGUGGCCAGACAGACGGCUCAGGGGAUGGAUUAUCUUCAUGCAAAGAACAUCAUUCAUCGCGACCUGAAGUCCAACAAUAUUUUCCUCCAUGAAGGCUGGACGGUGAAGAUCGGAGACUUUGGCCUGGCCACAGUCAAGUCACGCUGGACUGGCUCCCAGCGGGUGGAGCAACCCAGCGGCUCCAUCCUCUGGAUGGCCCCUGAGGUGAUCCGAAUGCAGGAAAGAAACCCCUACACCUUCCAGUCUGACGUGUACGGCUAUGGAGUGGUGCUGUUUGAGCUGAUGUCCGGGACUCUGCCUUACUCCAACAUCAACAACAGAGACCAGAUCAUUUUCAUGGUGGGGCGUGGCUACCUGUCACCGGACCUCAGCAAACUGAACAGCACCUUACCCAAGUCCAUGAAGAGGCUCAUCGUCGACUGUCUCAAGUUCAAACGUGACGAGAGACCUUUGUUCCCCCAGAUCCUGGUAUCGAUUGAGCAUGUGCAGGACCUGCUGCCCAAAAUCGAACGCAGUCGCUCGGAGCCUUCGUUGCACCGCGCCGUCCACGCCGAGGACUUGAACCCACUCCUCUUUCACACUACCAGGCUCAUUCCGCUCCAGAGUUAGUUUGUCCAGUCGCCAUCUGUCAUUGUCCCUUCAUAUUCCUGUCCAAACAUGCUGUUCUUGUGGAACGCUCCAUGAAAGCAAUACAAGCCGCGAGUGAUGAAGAUGAAGAUGUUCACCUUCAAAUAUGACAUCAUAACUUCCCAUCAGGCUUUGCACUUGUUCCGAUCUUUGAAUGAAAAGCGGAAUCAUCAGAAAAUAUGAUUUGGAGGACUUGUUGCUCAACUUAAACUAGAAUGAUUGUAGCUCCAAACAGACUUUAAGAAGUCCUUGAGUCUGAUAUUUCUUCUCAACUGCAAAAUGAUUCUAGAACGUCAUCAGCAACAUCAAUUUCUACCUUAAAUUUGUCUUUUUUGGCCCCACAAAAAAUGGGAAUAAUUCUUAUUUUGCCGCAUUGCUGCUUUAAAACAAAAGUGAAAGUGAAAUAUUCAUCAAACUAUCAACAGACAUCAAUAUGUUCAUCACAAUGAAAUGUUCAACAUAAAUAUGUUCAUCA